CUGCGCACGACGAGCAGCUGCGCGCCGGCCCAGCACCCUGCCCCCGGAACGCUCGCCCGCACGCGCACCGCCGGACGGCGUACAAAGACGCGCUGCGCCCACCAUGACGCUCCAGCUGCCCCAGCCCCAGCCCGCGCCGUCGCGGCCGCUCAGCAUCCUCACCACAGGCACGUCGGCGACCAUGGCGGACAAGACCGGCGACGCCUGGCGGGGCGCCGUCGACCGGCACAGCUGCUGGGAAGACCUGAUCCUGACGCUCGACGGAGGCGGCAUCCGCGGCUACUCCAGCCUGCUCAUCGUCCAGCGGCUCAUGCACGAAGUCGCCCUGUGCGAGCGUCGCCUGCAGCUCGCCGAGGGCCCCGUGCCGGGCAGCGCGCGCCGCACCUUCGACGAGCACGACUUGCUGCCCUGCCACUACUUCGACUACAUCUACGGCACCAGCACCGGCGGCCUCAUCUCCGUCAUGCUGGCCCGCCUGCGCAUGACGGUGCCGCAGUGCCUGGACAUCUAUCGCCGCGUCGGCCACGAGCUGUUCGGCCACCGCCGCAACAUGCUGCCGCUGGCCACCAAGUACCACCACAAGCCGCUCGAGAAGGCCGUGCGCGACAUCGUGAGCCAGUACUGCAAGCUGCACCCGCACUGCGACGGCAAGGAUUAUCAUCCAUGGGACUGGGACCCGCUCGACGACCCCUCGCCCAAUCCCUCGGCUACCUCCACGGUCAACACGGCCUCGACCUACAAGACCUCUCAAAACCCCGCCUCCAUCCAGCCCAUUGACCGCAUCUGCCAGUCCAUCUGCCUCACCGCAACCCACAACGGCCAGAUCGACGAGGCCUAUCUGCUCCGCUCUUACAACCACCGCUACGACCAAGACAUCCUGCCGCCGUGGGUCCGACCCUACAACGAGGGCGCCGACAAGCUCAAGAUAUGGCAAGUCACUCGCGCUACGUCAGCAGCGCCAUUCUACUUUGAUAUGCUCAUUGCCGACGUCGGCAAGAAGCGCGGUUUCAAAGGCUUCAAGGAUGGCGGCAUUCGCGAAAACAACCCUUCGUACGCCGCCUACAGUGAACACGCUUCGUUGCGCGGAGACGACCAUGAACCCGCACUGCUUCUGUCUGUGGGUACUGGACGCCCCAACAACAACAAUGACGGGUUUGCCGCCGUGUGGCCAGGGCCUCUUGGCAAGAUCUCACUGCUGCAAAAGUGGAGCGAGAAGUUUGCAGUCUUCAAAAAUGUCUUGAUCAAGUAUACCGAAGGCGAGGCACGCCACAAGACAAUGCGCACCAUCGCCAAAGGCGAGCAUCGAUGGUACAAGCGCUUGAACGUCGAUCAAGGCAUGGAGGGGCUUGCGCUGGACAACUGGGAAAAGGGGCCCUGGUUCAACAUCCAAACCGGGGAAGACAAAGUCGUGUCUGGCGGCAAAACCCUUUCACGCAUGGAGAAAGCCACCGGCGACUACCUCAACCGCAAUCACGUCGAGACCCUGGAUGGUGUCAAGGAAUACCAGCCCCCGAAGAUUGUCCUCCAACAAAUUGCAGAACGCCUUGUACGACACCGCCGUCUACGAGAGGAAACCAAGAACGACAACCUCAAGCGUUGGCAGACGCACAUGGGCCAGUGGCUGACCGGUGAGCUCAAAGAUGAGGACUCGCCCUGCGUGCCUCUUGCAAGGAAUCCAAAGGCAGCGAGUCCCGGAUCUGGGCCGCCCACCCGCGGGCACGCAUGAGCGGCACGCCGCGAGACGGACAGCACCGCUUUGACUGUGCUAGGCAAGUCUUGUGUCUCCUCUUCGUCCCAUUUGUGACUUUCGGAAGCGUUCGCAUAGCGUUAUUUCGUCUUGUGUUUUGCAGUCCUCGUACAGCAUGCUUCCCUUGUGUUUUACAGCAUAGCGCGGGAGCAUCUCAUCUCAGCGUGUUGGAGAGUAUCGGUACGCUAAAUACCCCGUCUUCUUCGGUCUGGGCGUUCGGAAAGAGCAGGCGUUGAGCAUUGUGUUUUACAUACAUUACCGCAGUUUUGGCCUUGUCGUGCCGUGGCAUGUGUGGCAGAGCGCACAUAGGGCUGAAACCACAUCUUGGGCAGCGCGUCA